AUGGAGAAUGAGUUGUUUAUCAGUAAUUUCCUCUCCCUGUUUCUCCUUCUCAACUAUGCAGUUAAUUUACUGGCGAUUGUGAUCUUGUCCCAAGGAAAGUGUGGGCUCUCUGUUUGCAUCAGUCGAUACCUGGUAGCCAUGGCGACAGCGGAUCUACUGGUUGUAAUCAAUGAGGUUGUAUUGUAUCGGAUCAGUUAUUAUUACUUCCGGGGUUCCUUCCUCGAUAUGACUCCUGUGUGCAGUAUUAUUAUCGUCUUCAGUCAUAUAUCUACAAACACUUCAGUUUGGUUUACAGUCACUUUCACCUUCGAUCGCUUUGUUGCCAUUUGCAGCCAGAAGCUGAAAAGAAAAUAUUGUACUGAGAAAACUGCAGUGGUGGUGAUUACGACAACCUCUCUACUGUUUGGUCUAAAAAGCCUUCCUUUCUACUUUACCUUACAACAUGGUGAGAUCAUUGACAAUGUACCAUGGGACUGCUUUACAAAAGAAAACUACUUUACUGAUCUUGGGUGGGUGAUAUUUGACUGGUUUGAUUCAGUUCUAACUCCAUUACUUCCCUUCGCUUUAAUUUUGCUGCUCAAUGUUCUGACCAUCAGACAUAUUCUAGUGAGCAGCCGUGUCCGUAAGGGACUGAGGGGCCAGAGCAAAGGAGGGUAUCACACAGACCCAGAAAUGGUGAGCAGAAGGAAGUCUGUGAUCUUGCUGUUUGCUGUUUCUGGCAGUUUCACACUCUUGUGGUUGACCACAGUUGCGGAAUUCUUAUAUUAUAACAUCACCGAGGCUAACUUUGCAGAUUACACCGAUUCUCUCAUCAUCUUUGAACAAGUCGGAUACAUGCUGCAGAUUUUAAGUUCUUGUACAAACACUUUUAUCUAUGGAGUGACUAAUACGAAGUUCAGAGAGCAGUUCAGGACCAUGCUGAAAUAUCCAGGGAAGCUGAUCACCAAAUUAAUUAAGUAG